AUGCCCAACACAACCUUUGAGUCCAAUGUUUUUCUCCUGGAAUUCUCAGAUGUUUGGGAACUACACUUCACCGUUUUUCUGAUGCUGUACUUGGCAACUGUGACAGGGAAUCUACUCAUCAUCUCUUCAGUCGCAUUUGACCACCACCUGCACACACCCAUGUACUUCUUUCUGAUGAACUUGGCCAUGCAGGACAUUGGUCAAGUUUCAGUCAUUGUUCCCAAAUCCAUGAUCAAUUCCCUCCUGAAUACCAGAUGCAUUUCUUACUCAGGGUGUGUUGCUCAGGUUUUCUUAUUUAUCUUCUUCAUAGCAUCUGAUUUCUGCAUCCUCACAGUCAUGGCAUAUGAUCGGUACGUGGCCAUUUGCAAUCCAUUACAUUAUGAGAUGGUAAUAAAUAGACAAGCCUGUAUUGAAAUGAUUGGUGGUAUAUGGGUCGUAUGUUUUCUUUAUUCAGGGAUACAUACCUGUGGGACUUUUUCUACCCAUUUCUGCUCUAAUGUUGUCAAUCAAUUCUUUUGUGAUAUCUCACAACUAAUAAACUUGUCUUGUUCUGGCUUAAAUGUAAUAGAAAUGAUUAGUACUGGGAUCAGCGUUUUCCUUGUGCUAGGCUGUUUUAUCUAUAUCCUUGUAACUUAUGUGCAAAUUUUCACCACUGUUUUAAGAGUGCCUUCUGCAAAGGGGAGGCAAAAGGCUUUCUCCACUUGUAUUCCCCACCUUAUUGUCUCCUCCACAUUUUUAUUUUCUGCAUGUUUUGCCUACCUGAAGCCUGCCUCUCAUACCCCAUCACAGCUGGAUUUGAUGUUUGGUGUAAUCUAUUCCUUGGUCCCACCCCUAUUGAAUCCAGUGAUUUACAGUAUAAGAAACAAGGAAGUCAAAAAAGCAAUGGCAAAAGUUUUAGGUUUCAGGGAGUUUUCUACAAACACAUGA